GUCUACUUCUCCCCCGCCGCUGACGGAUUCGAGUCGCCUCCGCGCCACCGGAUUCGAAUCGCUGCCGCGGGGUUCGGGUCGCCUUUGCCGCCGCCGGAUUCGAGACGCCGUCGCCGCCUACGCCAGCAGAGGUCUGAGCUGAGGAUGGGGAGGGCGAAAAGCAAAGGCGCCAAGUUCGCGGCCGUGAAGAAGAUUAUCAGCAAGAAGACCAUCAAGAAGUACAAGGAUGAGGUGCUGGACCCCAGGAGGAAAGACACGGAGAAGGAAAAGCUCGGCCGGAAUGUGCCGCAGGUCUCCUCGGCGUUGUUCUUCAGCUACAACAUGGCGCUGGGGCCGCCGUACCGGGUUAUUGUCGACACCAACUUCAUCAAUUUCUCCAUCCAGAACAAGUUGGAUCUGGAGAAAGGAAUGAUGGACUGCCUUUAUGCAAAAUGUACCCCUUGUAUCACUGACUGUGUUAUGGCUGAGCUUGAAAAGCUUGGACAAAAAUAUCGUGUGGCUUUGAGAAUUGCUAAGGACCCUAGGUUCCAGAGAUUAGCAUGCACGCACAAGGGAACAUAUGCUGAUGACUGUAUCGUGGACAGAAUUACUCAGCACAAAUGCUAUAUCGUUGCCACAUGCGAUAGAGAUUUAAAGAGGAGAAUAAGAAAGGUUCCUGGUGUCCCAAUCAUGUAUAUCACACAACACAGGUACUCGAUAGAACGACUCCCUGAAGCCACAAUUGGUGGAGCACCAAGAAUCUGAUUUGCCCAGAUACAAAGAAGUGGGAGAACAUGUCUCAUGGGACCAAGAUCCUAUAUUUAGGAUGUCUAAGAAUACUGUGUGCUGAGCUGAGCUAAUUGUAACCAUUUCAAAAUUUGUACCGACCGUGGCAGGAUAUUAUUUUCCAUGAACUCUAAAGAAACUUUAUAAAGGAUCUGUUUAGUUA